AUCCAGGAACGACUUCGCGCCAUUGCUUAGUAGCGCUCGUCAGCGCGUGUGACCCAUUUAUCGUCCUCUAGCCGAGCAACCGCCGAAGACUAAGGGAAGGAAAAACACGAAUGUCUUCCCACCUGCUGUGGGUGCACCGAUGCCGGCAACUCGCAAUGUCCGCAACGCUACCUGUGCCUUCCGCUACCACGCCUGCACGCUGACAAGGACACGAUGACCUUCCACGUGCUGCCCUCCGCGGCAGCCCUUUUUCAAUGGCCUCCACCACCCUCCGCUUCUGCUCACAUCGAUCGUGAUAUUCCUAUUCAAUCUUCGAUCACUGAGCUGGAGAUACUCCAUCACUACCCUGGGCUGCCCACCUAUUCGACUACUGCACGACAUCUCGACCGAUCGCUGCCCAACUACUUCACUGCCUACUAGCAGCCUAGCUUCCGUCACUACUAGCCCACUAUGCACCGAGAUGCAGCUACGACAGUCUUCAUGAUACCGGAAUUGGCAGAAUGUAUCCUGUACCAGCUGGGCCAAUUAAACGCCUGGCGACAGCUCUUCGUUAUUCAACGGGUCAACAGCACCUUUCAGUCCAUCAUCCAAACCUCUCCCGAUCUGCGAAGGACCAUGCACCUUGAACAGCCGGAUGCGCGACGCACCCAUGUGACGAAGUUUUCCGAGGCAGUAGACAUCUACAAGCGUUUCUUCUUUAACAUCGAAGAUCUCCUGUACCCGUUCUGGACCAAUACGCGGCCUAUCGGGCGAGGAACACCAUCCGCUGCCAUUGCCGUGAGCAUGAACAUCUCCUUAUACUGGUCGGAAGAGUCGCCAGGUGUUAUGAUUAGUGAUCCUCCUGCCGAAGCGAUGGAUAGAACCACGCCAAUCGAGAGGAACGAAUCCUGGAGGAAUCUCCUUGUGCCAUAUCAUCCGGAGCAUGCGUUGGAAUUGCAUUGUUGCGGGUAUGAUGUUAUGGCGCGCUUUGGUGGGAAGUAUACACUGGGUGAUCUGGCAGACGAGGCGAUUCGCGCUGGGAAGGCUCAUCUGGGCGGGCUGGGCAGGGUCAUGUACUAUGGGCAGGAUUAGGGCAAGAUUUGGGUUGGCGAUAGAUACUAAUAAGUGAGUUGUGAAGGAACACUGCUAUAAGUUCCUCUUGAUGCGUUGUUAGCGGGAAUCGGGAUUUCAGACCCAGAGGUCGUCACAAGCUGCACUCUUUCUUCGCUUCCUUGCCUUUCUGGGCCUACACCGCCGCUCCGCGUGUCGAGUGAGCAACAACAUCUCACGACGCUUUUCCACUAGCCAGUUCUGGACUCUAUUACUGAUCGAAUCAUAGACGAUGGACGACGGAUCGGCCACACUGACUGCCGCGAAGGGCCGAUGUUCGUUUCCAUGGACUAUCCGAAUGGCACAAACGAAGUCGCCGGGAACGGUCUUGCAAGUCCAUUUCGCUGGAGUCUUCUGGAGCAUAUUUGUCCUUUGAUGCAUGGGAGUUGUACCCUGGGACAUGUGCCGGAGACUAUGUGGGCGGAAACUGUGUGGGAUUGCUGGAGCGGGUUGAAUCGUGAUGGAUGGUCCACAGACCGGCGGCGCGGUACUCGGACAUUGAUCAGUGGCGAUGCGGAGACGGCUAGCGAGCGCGUGAGGAGGUGCGC